CCCGCCUGAGGUAACCUUGGAGACCGGCGGGCGUCGCUCCCGCGGCCGGGCCGGAGGGGCAGCGUGGUGUCGCGAUAGUCGGCGACAGCCGGGCGGGAGGGGGAUGGCGGGGGUGAUGUUCUGCGAGCCCCGACACCUCUACAACAUCAUCAACCAGUACCGGUGGAGAUCGCGGCUGACGGAGCCCAACUACCUGUGCCUGCUGGAUGCCCGUUCUCAGCUUGAAUUCGAUGACAGCCACAUUGUUACGGCCCAAAGGAUCGAACUGAGUCCUGCCGGGGAGUAUGUGAUCCCAAAUCCCGAGGAGCUGGGCUAUGUCAGAUUCUGUGUGGUGUAUGACCACGACACUGGCUUUUUGGGUUCCACUGACUAUCAGGAGGAGGAGGAGGAGGAAGAGGAAGAAACAGGGAGCAGCACUGCUUCAGAGACUGAAACCAGCAGCUCAGAUUCCACAUGUUCCCAGAGUGCUGAGGAAGGAGAUGCCCUCCUCCAUGCCAGAAACCUGGAGCACUUCACCCGCCACCCCGUGCUCCUCCUGAAGGGAGGGUACAGGCGUUUUUCAGCUUGUUACCAUUUCCUGAAGAGCCACAAGACACUGUGGAUGCCUCAGGAACUAGACACCUUCCAGCCAUACCCUGUAGAAAUACUGCCUGCAAAGCUAUAUAUGGGCAAUUUCAAGCAGGCCAGUGACAAACAAAUUCAGAAAGAUCUGAGGAUCAAAGCACUGGUCAACGUCUCUGAACAGCCUGUAACACUGUUUGCAGAAGAAGGUAAAUCCCUCCAUAUAUCGGUUCCAGAUUCACUCGAAGCAGAUCUUUUUUCUUCCUUCACCACCAUUUCUCAUUUCAUAGAUGCUCAGCUGGAUGUGGGAGCAGUGCUGGUGUUCUCCAGCCUGGGGAUCAGCCGGAGCAGCACAGCCACCAUGGCCUAUCUGAUGCACUCCUGCCGCUUCUCCCUGCAGAGAGCUUGGAAAUACCUUCUGAAGUGCAAAAUGAACAUGAGACCACACCGGGGCUUUGUGGAACAGCUCUCAGCCUGGGAGACCCAAAUCUAUGGGUUCCCAGUCACAGACGUGUCUGAACCAAAUUACUGACAGAGAACAUCCCCUGGGGAAAGCCACUUCCCUUCCCCAUCUGGGGAGAAAGCUACCUGCACGCUGUGUGAAAAAAGACCCAAAUGUAAUGGAAAAGCUUUCCUCUAGCUCCAUGUCAUUUUGGGUCAGGAUCUGGAUCUUCCUCGGGAGCUCACCUGUGCUGGAGGAGGUGGAAAUUUGGGGAAUGCAGAUCCUGCAAGAUGUGGCCCAUUAGACACAGCUCGACUCUUUUGUAAGCAGAGGGGAUUAUAGCCACAGCUGUGGGGCAGUCAGUAGGGUUAUCUCUGUAAAGGUUUGUUACCCAUGGUCUGGAAUAGUACAUUUAGAGUCUGACAGUGCCCACUUCCAGCCCGGAGAGGUGAGAACAGAAUUUCCCUGUUUCAGAAGUCCCUGCGCCCUGUGAGUGCCUUCACAGCCACCACAGCCUCUCACAGACUCACUUGAUGGAUUGUUGACAAUUCCACCCUUCCCAUUUGCUGCCUUCUAAUCGCACAACCAAACCUCUGGGCAGAGGUGGUGACUUUAAACCCUCAGUGCUGUCACAUGAAACCUCAACCAGUACCUGAAUCAGCACCGUCCUCUCUCUUACAGCACUCCGAAUUCUGUUCUUUGACAUCACAAAAUAAAACCCGACAGAAACCC